CCUGUCUUCUCGCGACUCCUCACCAUACCAUCACCCCGGAAGAUGUCUGACCUUGCCGCUGCAGCUACCACGUCCCCCCGCCGGGUGCGAGAGCCAAAGGUGCUGCCUUCGUAUCCUGUACGUCGAGCCCUCUCUACACUCGUCACCUCGCCCUCGCUCCUGGUACAGAUCCUACCCUCGCUCUUACCUCUACCUCCACGGUGGCUUCAACUCUUCAUAUACCUUCUACUGGCAGCUAACAUCACUUCCUUCCCAGGUACAUGGCACAUCACGCUCUUCCGACCGCUCCUGACUCGGAUUCUGCGCGCCAGAGCCGCCACGGCCGCCCUUGUGGGCUCACGAGGUGGUGGGGACGCGACUGAUCCUCGCACAGGCAGGCAGAUUAGACACGAGGUCUUGCCCCUCGGCAAAGACAUCUUUGAGACGAAGACCUACAGGUCAGGGAGAGCUUGGCCAGCAGAUUGCGACUACCUAUUUCACCUCUCCAACUCCAGCUACGCCAAGACCCUCGACUACUCGCGCGGUGCUCUACACUUCUCUCACUUCUAUCGCUUCCUGUCCGAGGGCGGCCGCUUGUUCCUAGGGGGGUCCAACUUUCACUUUCACAAGGAGAUUCCCAUCAUGGCAAAGUACGAGGUGCAAAUGCGGUUGGCUAGUUGGGAUGACAAGUGGGUCUAUUUGGUCGGCACAUUCACAUCGCCCACAGAUCCUACAAGUCGUGAGCCGGCGGAGCCAGUGCCCACCAGCACACCAGGCACCUCGAGUCGCACUCCUCGUAUCUCCCUCUCCCGCUCCGCUUCCAAUCUACGUGGACUUCUCUCAGACAUCAGCAAACCAGAACAUGAAGCUCAGGCUGCCGAGCAAAGACGCAGGUCCCGCACUGUAGCCUCAGAGCUUGCAUCAGAAAACGACACUGCCGCCGCUUCGCCCUCGUACUUUCCUGCAGGCGCCCAAGGGGAAAAGCUUGAUGAGACAAAGGUGUACUGCACUACGGUGAGCCGGUACUGCUUCAAGUAUGGCAGAAAGACGAUCCCGCCUUGGUUUGUCAUUGCCACGAGCGGAUUCGGGACAUGGGCUAGCACGAGGAAUAAUUGGGACAAGGCGGAAGAGGUGCGGGUGCGCUCUGCAAAGGGAUCUUUCGUAAAGAAGGGCGGAGCGACAAAGAAGCUGCAGCCUUGGGAGGGGAUGCUGAAUGCCUUUGAUCCUCGUGUGGACAAGGAGAGAGGUGAAAGCGGAGAGGCAAAGGGGGAAGGUGUCGUGGCAAGCUGGUGCGAUAGGGGGUACUGGAGUCUGUCUGAGUGGGAGCCCAGACGUAGACAAGGGCUCGCCUACAUUGAGAAGCUGGGCGGACUGGCCCCCCAGGCCGGGGCCACCGCUCCGUGAUAAUGCAGACUACCUCGGGGAAAGCCUCGGAAGGAGUAAGAGCCCGCAGUCUAGCACUAGAUAAAUUGAUUUUGCACACUAUCACUGUGUUACACGAUGCUACUAUUGUGGUACCCUGAAGUCUCUGAAGUGUUCUACGCCUAGAUCUUCUUGCCCUCCCAUGCCUCGGCAGCUCCAUUGUACUGCUCUCCAAAGUUAUCAUACCACUUCUGCACCAUAUCCUUGCCCAUUCCAGCCGAAAUAGUCUCCUUGUCCUCUUCGAGCUGCUCUGCCACCUGCUUCAUAAAGUCA